UUGAACAAGAUAUUUUAAAAAUGGAAGAUAUUAUUCAAAAAAGCAAAAUUAAAUACGUUACUCUUGAGGAGAAUAUUUUGUACUGGCAGAAAAAACGUGACUGUGCUCGUGUAUCUUUAGAUAAUGCAAAUAAAGCGCAUGAUAUUAGGAAAAAAAUCAUUCAAGAAUUAAAGAAUGAAUUAAAACAAAUAGAUAACAAAUUAGCGGAAUUAAGAAAAGCAUCACAGAUGAGUACUAUAGAACUCAGUAAUUUUCAGGUUAAACGAUAUAUGGAAUUGAUGAUUGAGACUGAAUGCCGAGCGAAGGAUUCUAUAAAGGAAAUAAACAAUUUAAUGCGUGAUAAACAAGCGGAUCAUGAUAAACUUGAUAACAAAAAUAGAUGUAAACAUGAAUUGGAGGAUAAAGUAAAGCGGAUAAAAUUAUCGAAAGAAGAUCUUGAAACGCGGCUUAAAAAACUACAAAAUUUAGACGCUGAAUUCAAAGCAACGUUAAUGGACAAGAAAGCAAGAAUACAGGAACUGGGUCAGAAAAUUAUUGAAACAGAGAAUAAAUUAUUGAAUUUGGAGAAUGAUAUUGCAAAGAUUUCAGAAGAACUUUCUGAAGCUGCUAUAGAUCAUGAUACUGUUUCACAAGAAGUUAAAAAAAAUAAUAUAAUUAAAAUGUUGAAACAGUUCCAUUCGGGCAUAUAUGGUCGCAUAUCUGAUUUGUGCAAGCCUAUUCAUCCGCGAUAUAAUGUUGCAAUAACUAAAGUUUUUGGUAAAAAUAUGGAUGCCAUUAUCGUUGAUAUGCAGCAAACAGCAAUUCAAUGUAUUCAAUUUUUAAAAGAACAAAAAAUAGGUGUUGAAAGAUUCUUACCCCUUGAUUCAAUAAAAACAGUAUAUUUGAAUGAAUCUUUACGUGCUAUAAAAGAUCCGAUACAUGUUAAAUUAUUAUAUGACGUACUUGAGAUUUCGUCUGUAUUUAUAAAGAAAGCUGUUUUAUUUAUCACUCAAAAUAUUUUAGUUUGCGAGACUGCUGAAGAUGCAGAAACAAUGGCAUACAAAACUGAUGAAAACAAGACAUACAGUUGUGUAUCAUUGGAUGGAUGUUUUUAUCAUAAAGAUGGUACAAUAUCCGGUGGACAGACUGAUUUAAUUGUAAAAGCAAAACAAUGGGAGAAACAACAGAUAUUUGCAUUGAAAGAACGAAAGGCACAAUUAAUACAAGAACUCCGAAAUUUGCCUAAAAUUUUUGUUAUGCAAUCUGAACUUGAUGCACUUAAUAUAGAAAUUGAAGGUCUUACUCUCAGAAAUAAUUACAUUGAGAUAGAUAUAAAGGAUACUGAGAAUAAAAUUGUUAGGAUACAUGAAGAAUUAGAUGCGCUUGAUAGAGAGUUACUUGGAUUGAAUAAAGAUGAAAUUUUUGUGGACUUUUGUAAAGAUAUUAAUAUACCGGAUAUUAGUUAUUAUGAGAAGAAUAAUUUGCGGACUUAUCAAGAGCGAAAAAAUAAGCAGCUAGAGUUGGAGAAACAAUAUGAUCAUAUUGAGAAUCAAUUGCGCUUUGAAAAUGAGAACGAUACAGAAAGUAAAAUUUUGAAAUGGAAACACUUUUUGGAACAAGCUGAAACAGAAUGGAAUAAAGCAUAUCAACAAGAAUGUCAUGAAAAAAUGAAAAUCAAACAGGCAAAAUCAAAAAUGUCGGUGUUAAAGGAUAGUUAUGUGAAAGAGAAAAACAAUAUAGAAAAUGUAGAAAAAAAAUUAGCUCAAUACAAAUUACAAAUUGAUGUUAUUGGAAAAUUAUAUUUAGAUAAUCAGAAAGCCCACAUUGCUAUACGGAGUAAAAUAGAACAGAAACAAAUAGAAUGCAAUACUAUACUCAAUGAAUGCAAGAUAGAAGAUAUCGUUAUUCCAAAGCUACAGACAUCGCAUAGACCAGAAAAUGAAGACAUUUUUACAUAUAGCUCAAGUUUGAGCACAGACUCGAAGAUAUCAAUGAAAAUUGAUUUUUCGCGAUUUCCUCAAGAUAUUCGCAAUUGUGUAGAAGAAGACAUGACUAAACAACUUAGUGAAGAACUUAUAAAGAUCCAGACUGAAUUAAAUAAUAUAUUGAAGCCCAAUUUAAAUAUCGAUGAAAAAAUCGAUUCGAUAACGGAUCAAAUGCAAGAGAUAAAUAUAAAUCUCCGAAACUGCCGUAAGAAAUCUGAUGAAAUAAGAACUCAAUUUGAAUUAGUAAAGGCGAAGAGAUAUAAGUUGUUUUCAGACUACUUGGAGCAAGUUGCCGCAGAAAUAGAUUCUACAUAUAAAAAUUUGGUUCAUGACAUGUCGGCUCAAGCAAUUAUCUUCUCAGAUAAUCUCGAGGAACCAUAUAUAGGCAAUAUAAUAUAUAAUUGCAUAGUACCAUCUAAAGGUUUUCUCCCAUUGCAAUAUUUAUCUGGUGGAGAAAAAUCACUCGCUAGUCUGGCAUUAUUUUUUGCAAUGCAACGUGACAAGCAAAUACCAUUUCUUAUUAUGGAUGAAAUUGAUGCAGCAUUAGACAAGACGAAUAUUAAAAAUGUCAUUCGAUUUAUUCAAUCCCAAUUGAAUACUACGCAGUUGAUAACAAUAUCUUUGCGCAGACAAUUAUAUUCUAAUGCCGAUGUACUCAUAGGAGUUACUUUGAUACCUGACGAGAAACAUUCUAACAGCAACGUAUUUGCAAUUUCAUUAAAUGGAUAUAAAUAAAAUUAUGUAAAAAUGCAAUACUAGUACUAGUACUAGUAGCAUGCAUAAUAUCAUAAAUUAUAUUAAAUUGUAUUAAUA